GAACGGAAGAGCGAUUGCUCGCUCACACGUUACCCACUCACUACAUUGUUGCCAUUUAUCAACAUCUACGGAUUGUUUAUUGCACAUUAACUUGGACAUUUUAUAUUAUCUACUUCACAUAGAGAAUACACAUCUAUAAUUUGGGCAGGACAAGAUGGCGAGCUGCAAUUUUCAGGCGCAGUUGGUAUCCAUUAUGGAGGUAUUAGCUAAAGCAGCUAUAGCAGAAAUAAACAAACGUGUAGAUGAUAGCUGUGCUGUUAUACGUUUGGAAAUGACCCAAAGCCAGCGAGAUAUUGAUGUAUUGAAAAGGAAGUGGCAAAUGAUGGAGAGCGAGCUGGAGAAGACGCGCAGACGAAAAGAGAGAUCUUCAUAUCCAGUCAAAAUUGUUUUGAAUAAGCAGAGGAGUAGCUCACAGUGCAGAGACGAAGAGCUGGCUGUUGAACAGGACUCUCAACCCCAGUCUACCGAUGUGGAGCAGGGAGUGAAGACUGAACUCAUACUGAUCAAAGAUGAGGAGACAGCAGAGGACGUGUGGAAGACUGACCCUCAGGAAGAGCUCAGGAUCACUGGAGAGGAAUCUGGUUCCAAGCCUGGGAAAUCACCAUCAUUUGAGCAACGGCACUGUGAUGAGGACUUCAUCACACAACCCAAUAUAUCUCCCAGAGACUCAGUGGAACAUUACCCCAAUUCUGAUCGUCCAGAGGAACCAGGAACACCCCAGCUCGCAUCUACAGAGGUGUUCAGCACAGAGCAGCACCGGCCGGACGAGGACUCACUAGACCUAGUGAUGGUGAAAGAGGAGGAGCUGGAUCAGACCACGGCCCUGGCAGGACCUGACCAGUUUGUCAUGGAUGAGACUGAUGGGCAGCUGUGGACCUCUGUGGAUCCAGGCAGAGACACUGACCCUGUCUGCCACCCAGAUUUCUCCUUUCAUUCCACAGAAGAGUACUCUCAGAAUAUCUCAAUUUACCCAUCUCAUAGUGGGCUGCCAUCUGUUCCUACUAUGACAGAUGAAGUGGGGCCAUCGCUUCACUCUUCUAUAUGGAAACCACAUGCUAACAUGUUCAGUGCAGCAAAACACAUGACAAGACAUGUCAGGACAUUGGCUGAUGAGACUAGACAACAGAUGCCAGAGGGACAGAGCAGCGAGACGCUGAACUCAAAUAAUGAUGGAAAUAGUUUAGCUCUACAGCCAAGAAAGCAUCAGUACAGGGCUUCAGAAGCAACAGUGAGAUUGAGUGAGUGCAUGACAGGGUCAAACAUGGCCACCACCUCCACCUUCUCUGGAUACAGCCUGAGUCACAGUAGUUUUAACAUGGUGAAGAGAAUGAGGACUCAGUGGAGAUCAGGCGGAAACACCGAGAGGCGUUUCAGCUGCACCUUCUGUGGGAAGAGCUUCCAGCGUCUCUGCCAGCUCAAAGUACACCUCCGGAGUCACACCGGAGAGAAACCGUACACCUGUGAACAGUGUGGCAGGAGUUUUACCAAGCAGUGCAACUUGAUCAGACAUGCUGUGGUCCACAGUGGGGAGAAGCCCUUCGAGUGCACACAGUGUGGGAAAUGCUUCACCCAGCGUUCCAAUAUGACAUCACAUCAGAGAACUCACAUAGGAGAGAGUGCAGUGUCUCCACACCUGGCACCUGCAUACUCUGGGGAUCCACACACAAGUUUAAUAUAGUCUCAGAACAGAUGGAACAUAAUUGCGUUAUGCUUCGGAAACACUUUCUAUGUAAAUUUUGGUUUAGAAAGUAUUUUGAGAAAUGUUGACAACCUUUUCCUCCUCAUUGAUUUGUGAAAUGGUUUUCAUGUUUCACUGUUCACGGAUCCUCACUUUUUUUAAUAACCUAUUUAUUUACAUCUACUAACAUUUUAUAUUUCUACCACAAAAUCAUAAAACCAUAUUAUUUAUAUUCAAGCAAAUGUAUUUAAUGAAAGAGUCAAUCUGUGCUUUUAGAUGAAUAAUAUGUAGGAGCCAUUUAGUCUGUAUUGUCUAGGAAGUGUCUGACUAUCUGGGAUGUCACGUCUUGCCACAAGGGACAGUCUCAUAUCAGGUCAGGUUAAUAACUCAAUUCAACUUGAUUUUCAGUUAAGGUUUGGAAAUUACUCUGCUGCCCCAAAGUGUUAAGUUACUGUAUGUCUUUUCAAAACGAGGCAAUAAAAUAUUGGUUUGUGUAAUAGGC